AUGUCGAAAGAAAAAUCUGAAGCAAUUAAAAAAGGACACCCAGACUUUUAUUCACCAUAUGAUGAUCAUCCAUCGUACUUGUUCGCAUGGAAAAAGUCGGUACUUCCAAGAGUCAUUCCUCAAGCACUUCUCAUCACUGCUUUUUCGGUAUUGAUUGUCGGACUUUGGAAGUUUACAAUUCUCAGACUUGGAAUUAAGUCGAAUUUUAUUACCAUAAUUGCUUUUGUCGUGUCUCUUUUGCUUGCCUAUAGGACCAAUACUGCCUAUGAUAGGUACUGGGAAGGAAGACGUCUAUGGUCAACAAUGCUACUUGCAAUCCGAAACUUAUCCCGAUUUGUUUGGGUAAAUGUUCCAAAUAUGAACAAAGAUGAAAUAGACUCCGAAAAACUUGUCAUUUUUGACCUUUUGGCAGGAUUCGCACUUGCUACCAAACAUUAUCUUCGAGAAGAAGAUGGUACAAAUGCUAUAAAGGUCAAUUUAGAUAUGAAACCAUUAGAGACUAAAGAAGGUGCAGAUAGUAAAUCUAGACUCAACAAAAUUUUAAAGCUUCUCCUAACAUAUAGAUCAAAGUCAUCACCGGAAAGAGGACUAAACGAGCCUGAAAAGGUUGUUAAUCAUAAUUUGCCACUUGAGAUUACAUUGUACUUGAAUCAUUACAUCAGUCAAUUGAAAAGAAGGGAGAUCCAAGACUUAAGACCAGAUGAUCCGUCGAUCACUCAAAUGUACGCAAACGUAAGCAUACUUGUAGACUGUUUAACAAACUUAGAGAGAGUUCUUAGAUCUCCAAUUCCUUUUGCAUACGCAAUUCACCUUUCACAAACAACUUGGAUAUUUUGUUUGUCUCUUCCGUUUCAAUUAGUUGGAGACCUUGAAUGGGUUACUGUGCCUAUAGUAUUUUUAGCCUCACUCAUCUUACUAGGAGUCGAAGAGAUUGCAAAUGAGAUUGAAAACCCGUUUGGUACAGAUCCGAAUGACUUAAAACUUGACCAAUUCUGCGAUCUUCUUGGUAUGGAGUUAGACUUUGUUGGGUCACAUAAAAAAAUAAAAAGUCAGUGGGAAGAGACAGCAAAGAAAGCAAAGACUUCAGAAUUUAAUGAAUCUAAUGAAUUAGAUAUUAGGAAAGAAUCUAAGGAGGAAAUUUCUAUCGUAACUGAGAAGUAA